AUGAUUGGAGACUCAAACUUAAUCCUUCCAAUCACUGAACAAAAUACAGAAACGAGUGACGCUCUUGAAAUUGAGAUUCCACCUUCUCGGGUCAAUCACAACCCAGAACCAUUACAAAAUCACGAUAACUCAACACAUCAAAAUGUGAGUGAUAACGGAACGGAAGCGCAGAUAAGAGGUGACGAAGAGACAAUAACAGAACACCUCUCACAACCCACAACACAACAAAACAAUGGGAAUGCUGUGGAGCCGGAAGACACCGAACAGAGAAGCGUUGACGACGACUACGACACGGAUUCGUUUUCUUUUGUCAUCGCAUUGGUCUUCUUUUUUUUAAACAAUGUCGUUGUCGCAGGAUACUUUAUUCUCGAUCUUAUACAACACACGCAACUCCAGGACGCUAUUACCAUUUUCGUUAACUCGGGAGAACAAAAGAUGCGAGUGGUGUAUCUAUGUAUACCGGCGAUCGUUUUGUUCCUUUUCAAAAUCGUGAGGUAUGGCGUUAGUGAUAUGAUCAACUUUUGGUACACACCCGAGUCGUUUUUCGAUUUGGCGGUGUUUUUGUUUUUUGCGGACUGCGUUUUUAGAUAUGUGACGUACUUCGCUAAAGUUCUUGUCAUACUUUUUGCAAAGAAAGUGCUCUUUGUCUGCAAAUCGUUUUCGAUGAUCGAGUCGCUCAGUUUAGCAAUUCGGAUUGUUCUGCCGACGUUUAUAAUGUAUAAUUACUUUUCGAGUGUCGUGUUGUGGAAUAUGGAGUGGACAAAUACAUAUUUUGUAAUGCCAUUUGUGUGGCUAUACAUGUUAGCAAGGUGUUACUUGUUCGUGCAAUUUGUGGCAUAUUUCUUCCAAGUGUUUCUUUCUCUUUUCACAAAAACAAGUCCGUUUGGAACGAGUGUUAUGCUCGAAGAAGGACAAGAGGACAUAUGUCUUAUAUGCCAAGACAAAUUGACCAAUCCAGUUAAACUGAAAUGUGGGCAUAUCUUUUGUGAAGAGUGUAUUUUCAAAUGGCUCGUUCAACAGCCAAGAUGCCCAAUAUGUAGAGAUGUAUCUCUUCCAAAACAUGCAUUUAUAGGUUUCAAUGGGUCAACAAGACUCCUACCAACCAGUUUAUUCUUCUAA